AUGAAGUUUCUUAGAUUAUCCACUCUGGCCUUAGUUGGACUUGGAUUUUUGACUCAAACCACUCUAUGUGAUCCUGAUACUGAUGAGGAAUUUGUUCCUACUGAACAGAAACCGUUCAACAUUAGAGUUACCUACGAGAUUGACGAGCACCCUCAGUCCUUCGAGUCAACCAAACUGAUAGAGUUGGUGAAUGGCGAAGAGAUCUCUGUUACCUACAACAUCAAAAACGGGGAAGAUGAAUCUGUUUCCGUCGUAGGAGUUGCAGGGUCAUUCAAUGACCCUGUGACCGGUCUAACCAAGAGAAACUUAACUGCCUCUUCUGUUGGUCCAUUGAAGCUUCUUAAAGACAUGACUUUCGAAUUCACCCAAAAGAUUGGCAUUGAUCUUGAGCCUGAAAACUAUUUGUUUGUCCCCUCAAUUUAUGUCCUCAAGGACGAUCAACUGAUGUUGCUAGGAAGCAAAAAUCAACUCAUUACUGUUUCUGAUCCCCAAAUUUCAGUCUUCCAACCGCAGAUGCUGUUUCUGGAAUUGGUACUACUAGCAAGUUUUGGUGGUCUAAUAUAUGCUUUAUAUGCUACAUUUGGUGCUUCAUAUUUCCAAAAGCCUGCCACUGCCCCUAAAAAUAAGAAGGUCGGAUCUAGCAAUGUGAGGAAGACCAAGAAGAAUAAAUAG